AACUCAGGUGCCAAAAUGAAUUUUUUUUGUUAGUCUCAUCUGCCAAAUUCCCUAAAUCUAAGUUACCCGAAAGAUUUCUCUCAGCCUCCAUCUCUCACUCACGAAGACUCACUCCGCCCUCUCUGCCCUCACGAAGUCUCUCUCUCGUCUCUCCGCCCUCUCCGCCUCACGAAGUCUCUCUCUCGUCUCGUCUCUCCGCCUCACGAAGUCUUCUCAACUCAUCUCUGCCUCACGAAGACUCGCUCCAGAGUGGAGCUCUUUCUCCGCCUCACGAAGUCACACUCCAGAGUGGAGCUUCUCUGCCUCACGAGUUCUUUCUCUGCCUCAAGAAGUCAGGCCUCACAAAGUCACGCCUUCCAAAGAUCUAUCUUUGCCUCAUGCCCACUAUCUCAGGUGUUGUCUUACAUUGGGGUCAUCUGUCGUGCCAUUUUUCUGGGCUCAUGUGAGGUGGCGUGGUAAAGGGUUUCUUUUUCUCAAUCAUCUCAUAUGUUUUAUUUAAGAAGCUAGGUCAGUUGGGAGUCUCAGAAGUGAGCGAUUAGCCAAUCUGAUUGGGUGUUGCUGCGAAGGAGAUGAGAGGUUGCUGGUGGCCGAUUUUAUGCCCCAUGAAACUCUCGCUAAGCAUCUUUUUCACUAUUGUGAUUGUUGGAGAUGAUUGUGCAUUACCUCCACCUAGAGGCAUCGCUGGUCGAAGGGGUUUGGCUGGGAUGAUUAUUGUUCACAAGGUUGCUGGGGCUGCAGCUGCUGCUGGGCUUUCACUUGCUCUUGUUGCUGUAGAGGCCAAACGGGCAUCUGAAAUGGUUGGAACAAUGGGUGUUGCACUAUCUGUUUGCACACUGCCUAGUCUAGUUACAUUAGAUCGUUUGGGCCCAGGAAAGAUGGAACUGGGUCUUGGAAUUCAUGGAGAACCUGGUGCUGCUGUGGCUGACCUUCAACCAGUUGAUGUAGUUGUUUCUCAUGUUUUGAAUCAGAUACUAUCAUCGGAGACCAACUAUGUUCCGAUUACGAGAGGAAACAGAGUUGUCCUAAUGAUUAACGGUUUAGGUGCCACUCCUGUGAUGGAACUGAUGAUUGCUUCUGGAAAAGCAGUACCAAAGUUGCAACUGGAGCAUGGACUGGCGGUUGAUAGAGUGUAUACAGGAUCAUUUAUGACUUCUCUUGAUAUGGCAGGUAGUCAUCCACCACCCAAGAUUCCUGUUCCAGUCCCUCCAUCUCGUUCUACAAAGAGUGAUGAGUCAUUAGGUCGGCCGCUUCAACUGAGUGAAGAAGGUCAGAUUCUUGAGGUGGCUAUUGAAGCAGCUGCAAAUGCAGUAAUCAAGAUUGUGGAUAGUUUGAAUGAGUGGGACAGUAGAGCAGGUGAUGGUGACUGUGGGUCAACAAUGUAUAAAGGUGCAGCUGCGAUAUUAGAGGACUUGGAAACUAGCUUCAUUGGAUUUCAAAUUGGAAGGAACUUUAUUUGCAGCAGUUUGCAAGAGGUACCUCUCUAUUAUGAUGGGAUUGGGGGCAUACGUUUGUCAUUAAAACUUUCUGACUCUAGCCAAACACCUAUAGAGAUUGGAUUGGAUCUGGAGAAAUUGUUGCAGAAGGUUAUUUUAUUUCAAGUGACCCAAGGGAUGAGGUUCACCAUGUUCCUCUUGGGCCUAGUGCUAUGAAAGUGGGGAUAGAUCUUGUGAGAAAGAAUGAUGCAUUUCUGUGGAGGCCUUCAACAGUUAUGUCUACUAUAGAAGAUCCUAUAGGUAGUAUAAUUGCAUGGCCAGCUGAUAAAGUUAUAAUUAGCUAAGCAAAUGGACCCACAACAAAGACAAGUGCACAAAGGAUGAUGAAUUGAAGGAUGGAGCAAGUUUCGUUUACUUUUGUGUAUCUUGUAAUGUUUCUAUUUUUCAUUUUUGAAGUCAAAAUUGUUCAAGAUUAUAAAACUUUAUUAUGUUAUGCUUUCAAACUUAAGUUAGAACUAAGAUCUCAUGAAGUAGACACAUUCAUGGUUUGAAUUAGUUAUUGUUUAAUGUAAUACUUAUGGUUUAUCAAUCUAUUGAGAAUUACAUUUUAUGAUUAA